AUGGGUGAUAAUGUACAAGCAUUUUUAAUUUAUCAACAAUCACUGGAAAAUCAUGAAGAACCUGGUACAUCCAAUCGUUCAGAUGUGAUUCAAACAUAUAAUGCUAUUGAACAAGUAUUUGAAAAUAAAGGAGAAUCAUCAAAAACAACAUCAUUUAUCAAACCUACUAUUAAAAAUAUACGAAUUUCACAACUUCCAAAACAAUUUCGUAUAAAAAACUUUCGAAUGAAAUUGAGAUUAAAAAACAAAAAAACAUAG